UUAUAUUCCUGUGAGGUCGUGUUAUCUCAGUUAUGGAGAAUCCUGGUUUCUAUCGAUCACUUCCUCUCCUCUCCUCUCUUUUACCCGACCCUUCUCUCUCUCUCUCUCUCUCUCUCUCUCUCUCUCUCUCUUCGCUUGAGAAGUAACCAAUCUCUAAUCUCAAGGCGAUAGAGUUGUUUAGGAUGAGGCUCAUAAAGGUUGCAACUUGUAAUUUGAACCAAUGGGCGAUGGAUUUCGAUACCAAUGUGAGGAACAUCAAGGAGUCGAUAUCUAGGGCUAAAGAAGAAGGGGCCGCAAUUAGGAUCGGCCCCGAGCUCGAGAUUACGGGUUACGGUUGUGAGGAUCAUUUCCUGGAGCAGGACAGUGUUACGCAUUCAUGGGAAUGCUUGAAGGAUAUCUUAUCAGGUGAUUGGACUGACAAUAUACUAUGCAGCAUAGGAAUGCCUAUCAUUUUUGAAAGUGUGCGGUACAAUUGCCAGGUUUUCUGCUUAAACCGAAAGAUAAUCAUGAUUCGCCCAAAGAUGGCCCUUGCAAAUGACGGAAACUAUAGGGAAUUUCGGUGGUUCUCUGCUUGGACAUUGAAAGACAAACUUAUGGACUUCCAACUCCCAACUGAUGUUUCUGAGGCUAUAUCGCAGGACUCGGUGCCCUUUGGCUAUGGAUACAUCCAGUUUCUUGAUGUAUCUUUGGCUGCUGAAACUUGUGAGGAGCUCUUCACUGCAGAUGCUCCUCGGAUCGAGUUGUCACUGAAUGGUGUUGAGGUCUUUAUGAAUGCAAGUGGAAGUCACCACCAGCUAAGAAAACUGAACCUUCGAAUUGAUUCAAUAAAAAAUGCAACCCGUUUUUGUGGAGGUGUUUACAUGUAUAGUAAUCACCAAGGAUGUGAUGGUGGCCGCCUUUACUAUGAUGGAUGUUGCUGUAUUGCUGUAAAUGGAGAUGUGGUUGCACAAGGGUCUCAAUUUUCCUUGAAUGAUGUUGAAGUAUUGAGUGCUCAAGUAGAUCUUGAUACUGUUUCUAGCUAUCGAGGAUCUAUGAGUAGUUUCAGGGAGCAGGCAAGUCGCAAAUCGAAGGUUCCCUACGUGAAGGCACCGUACAAACUUUGUCAACCAUUUAAACUUGGAAUGUUUCCUACUAGCCCAGUUGAAAUUAAGUAUCACUGUCCUGAGGAAGAGAUAGCAUUUGGGCCUGGCUGUUGGCUGUGGGAUUAUCUGCGAAGGAGCGGGGCUUCUGGCUUUUUGCUUCCCCUUUCUGGAGGAGCAGAUAGUUCUGCAGUUGCAGCUAUUGUUGGCUGCAUGUGCCAACUAGUUAUAAAAGAUAUACAAAAAGGAGAUGAGCAAGUAAAGGCUGAUGCCCUUCGGAUUGGCCAGUAUAAAAAUGGAGAGUUUCCAACCGACAGUCGAGAAUUUGCGAAGCGCAUAUUUUAUACGGUUUACAUGGGAAGUGAGAACAGUUCUGAAGCUACUAGAUCACGUGCAAAGAAGCUAUCUGAUGAGAUUGGUUCAUGGUACCUAGACGUGCAUAUAGAUACUGUUGUUUCUGCAUUGAUCUCUUUAUUCGAGAAGCUAACAGGGAAGCGUCCACGAUACAAGGUUGAUGGAGGAUCAAAUACGGAGAACCUGGCUUUGCAGAACAUUCAAGCUCGAGUGAGGAUGGUAUUAGCCUUUAUGUUGGCAUCUCUUAUGCCCUGGGUUCAUAAUAAAUCUGGCUUUUAUCUCGUACUUGGUAGCUCGAAUGUGGAUGAAGGCUUACGUGGUUAUUUGACUAAGUAUGAUUGCAGUUCAGCAGACAUAAAUCCCAUAGGGAGUGUGAGCAAGCAGGAUCUCAGGGCCUUUCUUCGUUGGGCAGCUGUUCACCUCCAAUACCCUUCUUUGGCAGAUAUCGAAGCGGCACCUCCAACUGCAGAACUGGAGCCCAUUCGUUCCAACUAUAACCAGUUGGAUGAAGUGGACAUGGGGAUGACCUAUGAGGAAUUAUCGAUAUAUGGAAGGCUGAGAAAGAUUUUCCGCUGCGGCCCUGUGUCAAUGUUUCAGAAUCUAUGCCACAGAUGGUGCGGGAGAUUAUCCCCAUCAGAGGUUGCAGACAAAGUGAAGUACUUCUUCAAGUACUAUUCCAUCAACCGGCAUAAAAUGACCGUCUUAACACCAUCAUACCAUGCUGAGAGCUAUUCACCGGAGGACAAUAGAUUUGACCUUCGCCAGUUCCUGUACAAUUCGAGAUGGCCCUAUCAAUUCCGCAAGAUCGAUGAACUCGUCCAAGAGAUGGAUAAGGAUCCUAAAACUGUUGAAGUUCAAGAAGUGCUACAAAGGAAGGAUUUGGAUAUAACAUCUGGGCACGGAAGCGGGAUGGGAGUUGCCGCGGUGGGAUCUGGCAAUCCAAGAGCUGGUCUCUAAAAGAGACAAUAGCUAAGAAGUUAAUGAAAUAAUUACCAGGUUCUCCUUCAUCCAUUCCUUUUCGCUAUACGCUAUAAAAUCGGACUCGUCAAUAACCACUAAAAACCAGUGUCACUAGCAAUUUCAGGAGAAGCUGAUACUGUAACAACAGAAAUUGAGAGCAGGGAUUAAAUUUCAGAGCUAGUUUGUUUCGUAAUAAACAUUCAACAUUUACAUACCUUACACAAUUGAGAGACGACAAAAAAAAAAAGCCUUGUCCCUAACUUCGUCCUGGAAAUUUUAAGUUUCUGUAAUUAGUUAGUUCACCUGGGUCUGGACAAAAAUUUUUUGUGCUCUCAUAUAUAGGAAUUAAAAUUUGACUAAAGUUUUCUAUGUGGAAAGACAUGUAUAGUUUAUUUAUGUUGUUUUUUUUU